GUGUAUGUGUGUGUUACAGAUGGACGGUGAGGAGGUGUGAGGGUGAGGCGCCGAGAUGCGUCCCCGGACGAGGCGUCGCGUAGCCCCACAGCGAGGGCCUCACAUCCACGGCUACACAUCUACUCUGCUAGGUCAUGUCGCAAGUGACGUUCUUGCCAAUUAAUGCGAACUCACGACCGCAGAUCACUCGAUCGAUUCUACUAGUCAUUUGAUACGUUUCUGUUCUCUAUAGUUCUCUUGUUAGGUUCUCUUCAUUUAAGCGGUGCUGGUUCGUUUGUUGAUGUUAAAAACGGUGCUAUAAAGUUGUUACUAUUUUCGAGCAUUUUAAAAUAUUACCAAAUCAUAUUGUAGAUUCCACAUUCCUAACUAGUUUGGUUUUUACCUGAUAUUAAUAUAAAUAGAUUCAACUUUUUACCGUAUGUGACAAAUGUAUUGCUGUGAUAAAUAAAGUAUUUUAGUACCGGUAAAUUUUACAAGUCGACUCUCUAGCUAUUAUAAUUUGGUCCGGAGACCAGGAACAGAUCUAACAACCUCACUUAUGAUUUCUUCAUUGGCUCCGGGUCCGGAAAGCAAUUCGACAUAUCCGUACUUGUUCAUCAACAGCAGUGUUCUGCCAGUGACCUCCUCUCCUAACUCCACCAAUGGCUCCGACUUCGACCCUCCGGUGUUUCCCGCGUACAUCCGCACCACCUCCAUCAUAUUCUGUGUCAUCAUCCUCGGCAUCGGCGUCAUAGGCAAUGUGAUGGUGCCUCUGGUCAUCCUCAAGUCCAAGGACAUGCGCAACUCCACCAACAUCUUCCUGAUGAACCUCAGCAUCGCAGACCUCAUGGUCCUGCUGGUCUGCACUCCGACUGUCCUCGUGGAAGUCAACUCCAAGCCAGAGACGUGGGUGCUCGGCGAGGAAAUGUGCAAGGCAGUCCCGUUCAUAGAGCUGACGGUUGCCCACGCCAGUGUCCUCACCAUCCUAGCCAUCAGUUUCGAGCGCUACUCCGCUAUCUGA